UUAGAGCCAUCCGACAGUCAAUUGAUGACAACAGUAGAGUAUGAUAUGGAUGAGCAAGAUGAAGUUUGGCUUCGAAUGCUCAAUAAUGAGCGAAAGAAAGAAAGUCUAGGAGAGAUCAGUGCUGAUUUAUUUGAAAGCAUCAUGGAUCGUCUAGAAAAAAUGUGGUUUGAUCUUGUAUACUUAUCUAAAAAUAACCGCAGCCAAGCCGACCAUGACCCAAGAUGUGCCAUUUGUAGCAAUGAGCAAUAUGAAAGCAAUAAUGUCAUUGUGUCUUGUGAAGGGUGCAAUUUGGCAGUUCAUCAAGAUUGCUAUGGUAUCCCGUACGUUCCUAAUGGGCAGUGGCUCUGUAGAAAAUGCAUGGUUUCACCAGAGAAGCCAGUGUCCUGUUUGUUCUGUCCUAUUGAGGGAGGAGCAUUCAAGCAGACUACGACAAACCAGUGGGGUCACUUAUUAUGCGCCAUGUGGAUACCCGAGGUCUGUCUGGGAAAUAGUGUCUAUAUGGAGCCUAUAGAUGGAAUUGGUAAUAUUCCCAAGAGUAGAUGGAAGUUGACUUGCUAUAUCUGUCGCCAACGUCAAGGUGCCUGUAUUCAGUGUGACAACAAGCACUGCUUUACAGCUUUUCAUGUAACAUGUGCUCGUUGGGCUAGAUUGUAUAUGAAAACAAAA